GACAGACCGACCCGAAGCUCGCACGAAAGGUUCGGUGGAGAAAGAGAGAGGAUUCAACGGAGAACUCAAUGAACCUCUACGCCCACGAUCUCUCCAUUCUCGAUUUCAACUACGGACUCUCCGAUUCCUUUGGCGAGCCUCUCUCUCACCGUUUUCUCUCUUCGGGUUCUCUCUUCCACGGCGAUGACGACGAUUAUCGCCGGAAUAUUCCUUACCGUUGCGGCGGUGUCUAUGGCGGAGAAUCGGCCUCCGAUCGGAUAGUGUCUCUGGAGCAUCGCCAUGACGGGAAGUCUCCGUUGCCUCUGGGGAUGGAUUGGAGUGCUCCUCCUCGUAAAUGGGAAGGACGGAGCACUGUUUGGCCACACGAUCCUCGAACUGGUUGGAGUUACUGUGUUACUGUGCCUUCUUGGAAUCAUAUUACGAGAUCAAGUGUUUCUGAUCCUGCCGUGUUCUAUAGAGUGCAAGUGGCAAUACAAUCUCCCGAAGGGAUCACUGCUGCUAGGCUGAUACUAAGAAGAUUCAGUGACUUCUUGGAGUUAUAUUCUUCGAUUAAGAAAGGGUUUCCAAAGAAAAGAUUACCUCAGGCACCUCCAAAGAAAAUUCUAAGAAUGAAAAGCCAAACACUUUUGGAGGAGAGGAGGUACUUCUUGGAAGAUUGGAUGAAUACACUUUUGUCAGACAUUGAUAUAUCCAGAAGCGCUGCUGCAGCAACAUUUCUUGAGCUAGAAGCUGCUGUGAGGUCUUAUUUCAGUGAUGGAUAUCAAGAAAACGAAGACACGAAUCCUUACUUCUCCGGGGAUGUUCUUUCAUUUCUUCCAAACUCCAGUUCUGAUGCCUCUUUAAUUCCUGGUAGCUCAUCAGUUGCAUCAGAUCAUGUCAAUGACACCGCUGAUGAGGCAUCUGACCUUGGAACACCAAAUCGUGGCAAAGAUAGUCACAAGGACCAUAUCUCAAACAAUUCACUUUCUGGAGAUAAUGUGACCGACUGGCAUGAAUUAAUAAAAAAAUACGGACUUCUCGAUAAGAAUCCUUUUCAGGGGAAUAUAGAAAGGCUUUCCAGUUUUAAAAUGGAUAGAGUUUCUGAGACUGGGAUUGCAAAUGGAGAGGACUCUUCUAGUGUUGUCAAAUGUCAGAGGUUGGAUGGCAAUGUAAUGGGAAUUCCAACCGAGGCCACUGAAAGUAACUCGACCCUUGCAAGAGACGGCGGGCCGUCAAAUCCUGGGGUAUCUGAUUCAGUUAGCUCUCUGGACCUCCAUGAUAGGGCUGAUGAAGACCUGCAUGAACAUGAUGCAGUGGAGCAUGCUGAUUUUAAGUCUCGGAAGGAUCUGGCUAUCGCAUUCCAUUCCGAGGAGAGACAGAGAUUGAACAGAGUUAUUGAUACGUUGAAGCAGAGACUAGAAUCAGCAAAAUCUGACAUGGAAGAUCUCAUUGCAAGGCUAAAUCAGGAAGAUGCCGUUAGACAAUUCAUGUCAAUGAAGAUCAAAGAUUUGGAGGUGGAACUUGAAACAACUCGAGAGAGCUGCAAACAAGGAAUGGAGCAUGCAGUUUUGAGUGAAAAGGAAAGAUUUACUCAAAUGCAGUGGGAUAUGGAAGAACUCCGCAAGCAAUACAUGGAGAUGGAACUGUUGUUUAACACCGUACAGGACGAGAAAGCUCAGCUUGAGACCAUGAAACAAUCUCUUGUUCAAGAAAAUGAAAUGUUACUACAACAGAUGAAUGCUGGAAGGGAUAACCUCGAUAAUUUGCGCAAAGAACACGAAGAAUUGGAAGUGAAAUCGAAAGCAGAUUUGAAGAUCCUUGUCAAAGAGGUGAAAUCUCUCCGAACCUCUCAGUCAGAAUUGAAACAAGAGCUUAGCCGCUUGAUGAAAGAAAAACUUGAGAUGGAGAGAAUCGUUGAUCGGGAGAAAAACAGAGCAGAAAAUGCGAAAACUGCAAACGAGAAGUUGCUGCAUGAGUGUUAUGUUCUACGGGAUCGGCUUCAAGAAAGCAGUGUUAGCUUCCUCAUCGAUGAGAACAGCAAACUUAUAGUGGAUGCAUCAUAUCAAUCCGAUGCGAUCAAUCAAUUGGCAACAUCUGAUAAUCGAAUAGGUCUGCUACUGGCCGAGGCGCAGCUUCUUGCGGAAGAGAAUGGUGAAACUGACAUGGUGGGGGGGAGAAGAGACAGCAAUGAUGUGAUGAGAAAGAUGUUAACAGAGGUUCUGAUUGAUAACGCUGGAUUGAGAAAGCAGAUUACCUCUCUGCUUCGUUGUGUUUUGUCUGAGAAUGAAUUAUCAGACAAAGGAGAAGAAGAAGAAGAGAAUGUUCCUCUCGCGAGGACAGUUUUGAGCAAGAUUCUUGAGAAAUGAUUUAAAUUGUUUUGCGCAUGUAAAUGUGUUGACUGUGGUGUUUGUGUAGCUUAUGAGAUAUGAAGCACCCCUUUGUUAAUCCCGAAGAAUUAAUAAGUUUGAUACAAGAUUCAUGGUACUAAUGAUUGUUCUCAUCGA